GCUAAAGCGAAACGAAAGUGCGUGGAAUUUGAUUGGAUCUCAUUUUGAUAAUUCAGUCGAAUUUUUAUUUAGCUAGGAACCUGACUCGAAGCAAGCGUGAUACAUUUGUUGCAUUUCUUUCGGCACAAUUCUACAGUGAAGGAUGAGCGAUCAACAGCGAGAUCAACAGUCGCAGCAGCAACAGAGGCAAACUGGUUUUGCCGCACUGAAGGAGCAUGUUUUGGCAAACAAACUGGAAACGACGCAAUGGGUGUCCCGCGUGCUAACUAUCUACUUUGCGCUAGGAUACGUUUUACCGUUCCUAUACGGUAAUUCCGUAAAUGCAUACUACAAAGUGCUGAUGGCAAAUGCGGCCACCAGCGCCAUACGGUUACACCAACGUCUACCUCCAUUUCAACUGUCUCGUGCCUAUCUACAGCAAACAAUGCUAGAGGACUCGUUCCACUAUCUAUUGUUUUCCUUAAUAUUCCUGUACGUGUACCCGAUGCUGGUGAUUAUCUUGCCGGUGGUACUUUUCUCCGUUCUGCAUUCCACGAGCUAUUCUUUGACCCUACUUGAUACACUCGGACAAAACUCUUGGUGGGGUGCCCGUUUGCUGAUUUCGGUGGUUGAAUUCCAAACGCGCAACAUUCUUAGAUUUGCGGCAUUUUGCGAAAUUAUCAUUAUGCCACUGACGGUGAUGCUUGUGUUUUUGGGCAAAGCCGGUAUCAUGACGCCUUUGGUGUACUUCCAAUUCUUGGUAAUGCGCUACUCAUCCCGCCGCAAUCCGUACACCCGCAAUGUGUUCUACGAGUUGCGAUUAGUGGCCGAUAACUUUGCCAAUGGAACCGGCACUCCGCCGUUUGUGCGUAAAGCGCUACAUGCUGCGAUCGGUUUCAUCAGCCGAUUAGCGCCUCCUACACCGGUGCCGCCGCAGCAGCAGCAGCAAUAGUAGGAACAAAGUAUGCUUAAUCAUUUUAUGUUGUUUUUGCACAUACCACCACCCGCGCAUAUACAUGAGCACGCACGCAUAUUGAACAUCAAUACCCCGGAGGGUAGUAAGCCUGUUUUGAAUGGAUUGGCCGUUCUAUUUUUACAAUGGAUGCAGUACUACAACCCAUUGGCAUGUGCAACAAUCGGUAGUGUGCACUAAAGAGGUUUGUUUUGCUGCAUCGAAAAAUGGUUCUAACAGAGGGGUUUUCAUUUUUAAGCGUGGCCACGUUCUGCCACAUUAAGAGUUUCCAUACAUGAAAAGAGAAUGGUACAAUCAGUUAGGGAAUCGUGCAACCGAUUAAGGGAAUUUUGUAAGUAGGGUUUACAGAAUAGAAGUUUGCAAUCGGUUUGGGGAAUCGUGCAAAUCGCUAAUGGAAUAACUAAACAAUAACCUCAGCGGACAAAGUUUAUGAAACCAUUCCAGACUGGUUGCAAAAAUUCUUCUAUACUGUUAAAUUUCCCCUAAAUCGGUAACACAAUUCCCUAGCUGAUUUCACUAAUCUCUUUAUAUGCAUGAAAACCCUACAUGAUCAAAUAUCGACGGUAUCAAUUGUGGGCUCUAGAAGCAAUCAUCUACAUCAGUAACAUGUAGCUCUAACUAAUUUGUGUUUUUCUAUUUUCAUUUUAUGUUCCCCAUACGUUACAAUAUUUUUGUAUACAAUCAGAAAGGUCGUUUGUUGAUUACUAUAUUUUUAGGGUGAAUGAAUGCGUAAAUAAUACGGAAAUGGAAAUAAACAAUGUCACAAAAUGA